CGAGAUACAGGUAUGGCGCUGAGGGGGUAGUACCACAUGCUGUGACCGUGGUGCCUGGCCGAUUUCUGCUGGCCUAGUAGGAGAGGGAUAAAUAGAGAACGUCUGUCCGCCUUUUUUGUAAUGAGGCGCUCAGAUGUAUUUGGAUGAUAAUGUGGUAGAUGCACAAAAGUGGCAAUACACAUCAACCUAUAUUGCAAACAGAUGAAGAAAGAUAAAUCCAGUAAGAUCGAGCUAGAGCCUAGAAUAGUGGAUCACUUGUCGAAGGAGCCUGCUGUGAGAAACUCCAGGGAAGUGAAGUUUGAUGAUCUCAAGAAGUUUGAAGACUACAUCAAAAAUGAGUCGUGGGACGACGAGUAUGACCAGAUGAAGGUCCACCUUGAGUACAUUCCUCCGUUUAUAGUCAAUGAGAUUCACGGUGAGGAAGAGCAUAUCAAGCCGCAGAUGAACGCUUUGAACAAGAAGUUCAGGCGGCACCUACACCAGCAUUUGACGAAGCAUCUCCUCCCAGAGAUUAACAAGAUGUCCGGGAUCGGCUACCAGUUCAAGGAGAUCGACGAGGGUCUCGUGCCUGAUUUUAAUGGUGUUGAUUCAACCUACAGGUGGCACUACGAGGACCUAGGCAAUCAUGGUUUUGACGAGGACGAAUACAAGGACAGGCAUCACUGGGAUGCCACUCUCGACGUCGCGUGCGACUCGAAUGGGCCUUUUGUGAAUGCGCAUUUCGUAUGCCAGCCACGGCAGUGAAAGCAGUAAAAUGUAUAGCACUGUGCACAGUGUAUUUCUUUUGAUGAAGUUUAUGAGUUUUACGACGGACGCAUGCAAAGGAUUGUAAAAGGGAUUGGGAGAAAAUCUAAAUCAAUCUUGCAGUUUUACUACAUCAUAUUACAUUUCAUUUUUUUUUUAAUUUUAAUUUGUUCAUACCAGGAAACACCUUCGACUGCUAACUGGAC